GGAAAAGGAAUUCGGAAGAAUUAAUAUUACCUUUCAAAAAGCUUCAAUCUCUAGAAGUUAACAAUUGUAGCAGCUUGAGCUACCUUCUAACCCCCUCCAUGGCAUUCCGCCUUGGGCAACUCAAGAACUUGAAGAUAAAAGACUGUGCAGCAAUAGAACAAGUAAUCAUGGCUACAAGAGUUGGAGAGGUAGUUGAAUCUGAUUCAAUAUUUUUCCCACAACUAAAGUCCAUUUCAUUAGAGUCUUGCUCCAAGUUGUCAAGUUUCUAUGUGGGAAGUAAGACCCUCAAGUUUCCAAUGCUGGAGAAAAUUAUUGUAAAGGAUUGUCUAAAGAUGGUUAGAUUCACUUUUAAAUUUUCAAGUGAGCAAGAGAAAGAGACAACUGAUGGAAGAAGUGAGGAAUUGCUUGUCAAGAAAGAACCUAAUAUCUUCAUUGAGGUCUUCUUUUGUGAUGAGGUUGAGAUUCCUAACUUGGAGAAGUUGACUCUAUCCUCAAUCAAUACAAAGCAAAUUUGGAACAGUCAUCUUUCAUCAAUAUCUUCAUUUGCUCAAAAUUUAACAAAGUUGAAGGUGGUCAACUGUUCCAAUUUGAAGCAUCUGUUCAUAUUCUCAAUGGUUAAAAGUUUUGCACAACUUGAAGAACUUGGGGUUAGUGGAUGUGAGAUGAUGGAAGUGGUAAUAUUGACAGAAGGGACAGUGGAAGAAGAAAAGAUUUGCCAGACGGUGUUCCCCGAACUAGAGACCUUGAUACUUAAUGACCUACCCCAACUUGCAACAUUUUGCUCCAAUUGUGAUUCUCUAGGAAAAUUUUCUGACUCUGAAAGAGUCAAUUUUGAUACCAGAUCACAAAAAUUGCUAGCCACGCAAUCGACUUUGGUGGAAAAAGAGGCCACCAAGCUUGUAUUUUCUCAAGUGACAAACCUGAUACUUAGACUCUUACCGAAAUUCAAGAGUUUCUUCCCUCAAACGCACAUCACAGAAUGGCCAUCAUUGGAAAGUUUAGUUGUAAUCGAAUGUCAUGGAGCACAAAUAGUUGUUUCAGAAUGUUCAAGCACUGAGAUGACACAUGGAGACAGCCAACUUGAAAGGGAAUCUCAACAUCUCAUGUUUUGGAUUAGCAAGAUAAAGAAACAAAAUUAUCAGAACUUGUAAAAAAAUAUCUCAACCUUGUUUUGAAUUCCUACGUGUAGAGAUUGAUCACCUUAAUUUAAAAAUGUUUUGCCCUUAUUUUUUCUGAUACUAGCAAAAAUUUUGUUAUCCUAAUUCUAUAUUGGGAGUAACCUCCAUGUAAUUUAAUUUCUGACCAUCAUGAGUAAAAAGCUAUUUAAAAAAUCAAUUCUUUUUCAUUUU